AGCUCUGCCUCCGUGCGAAUGGCACUUGACCACAAACGGUCUCGGCCCGUGGGGCAAGGAGGCGGGGCCGGCUGGGCGGGUUUGUGGGGAAGGGCGUGGCUAAGGUCCUGGAGAGCCGGUGGACGCGGCCUGGGUUUUCUGUGGGACCGCGGUCAGGCUGAGCCCCCCGCUUCUUUUUUGCAGCAGCUUUCAUCUGUCUUCCUGGGUUCCUACAUGGCAUUUCGCUUAUGAAGAUGCAGGUCUCUUUUUAUAUGGUUUGGACAUCAAGGCCCCAUUACGUUUUGAGCAAGAGAUCGUGCGGAAUUUGUGUUGUGAUUUUUUUUUUUUCCUUUUUAACUUUUUUCCCCUGGACUUUGACAGGGAAACCACGCAGGCCUAGAAUUUUCCAUUGUUGAAGAUUUUCGAUUACCAUUUUUUAAAUUCGAUUACGAUUUUUAAACUUAUAGUGGUUUCACCUAGAGUGCAUUUUCGUUAUCUAAAUCGUUUUUUCUUGAUUGUCAACCAUAUCUACAUAGAACUGACUACAGCAUUCUCUUACUAUUUUAUUAAUGCUUGUGGGGCCUGUAGGGAUAUUCCCCAUUUUCAUAAAUGGUACUUAAUCUGGCUCUAUCUUUCAGUCAUGUUGGAGAUAUACGGUUUUUGGUCAUGCCAAAGACACCACUUUUGGGUCCCGAGUUCAAAUCCCAGCAACCACAUGGUGACUCACAACCAUCCGUAACGAAAUCUGAUGUCCUCUUCUGGAGUGUCUGAAGACAGCUACAGUGUACUUACAUAUAAUAAAUAAAAUAAAUCUUUUUUAAAAAAAAAAAGAAAAAGAAGCAACUUAAGAGUGAGAAGGUUUAUUUUGACUCACAGCUGGAGGAGAUAAAAGUCAAGCUGAACUUCGAUCUUUAUCUAUUCCUGGAACAUACCAAGAGAAGAUUACUCACCUGGGAAACUCUCUGAUGCACUUGACAGCUCUAAAAUCCUUAGACCUCUCACGUAACUCCUUGGUUAGCCUUGAGGGUAUACAGUAUCUGGUCUCCUUGGAGAGUCUCAAUCUCUACUACAACUGUAUUUCUUCAUUAGCAGAAGUAUUUAGGCUCCACACCCUACUGGAGCUCCAGGACGUGGACUUCCGGCUUAACCCCGUUGUGAAGAAUGAGUCUGACUACCGCCUGUUUGUCGUGCACAUGCUCCCGAAGCUCCGACAGCUAGAUGACCGUCCUGUGAGAGAAAGUGAGCGGAAAGCUUCCCAGCUUCAUUUUGCCCCAGAAGAUUCACUGAACUCAAAGGAGAACUUCUCAACCACUUUAACCGUUGGAAGACCACACCACCUCAGAAACAGAUGUACUGAGACCUCGGCCAAAAAAUGCUUGGUCAUGGAUGCUGAUGAUGAGGCUGUCCUGAACCUUAUUGCCGAGUGUGAAUGGGACCUAAGCAAUCCUCCUGGGAACAUGAGCUCCAGCCAAAAGGAACAUGAAGCUGACCUCCAUUAUGCCCAAGAGUCCAGACAUCUGUUGAGUCCUUUGUCCAUCCAGCACCAGUGUGGGGAUUCAGCGAGGCGAGGCCAUGAGAAGAAGAAAGUCACCUCCAGAGGGUGUCCAGGUCAUUCACCGCAGGACCAGCUCUGUGGGGAACUCCCCCUACAGCAUGGCUUGCCAGAGGCCUGCCAUAUGCACGUACAGCAUGCCCGCAUCACUUCACAGCCAGACUCUGUGGAUGUUGAGGACUGUGCUUCAUCUGCUCAGAAAUCAAGUUUGUCAUCACAAAAAACAGUAAAUCCUUUGCCUGUCCCUGAAAAGUACAGGAAGCGAAGGAUGCCUGGUGGGAGAUUCCAGGUGCCUUCAGACCGGGAGUGUUUGAGCUUCCUAGAGAGGGCUGACGGGCCCUCCAGCCUUGAGGACAGUCUAAGCAGACAGGAUGGCUUGGAGGGCCAGAGUCAGGUGGCCUUGUCUCACUCUGAGGCUUUGGAGGCUGAAGAGCGGACAUCUCAUGGCACAAGUGACCCCAGAGUGCUGUCUCCUAAACUCUGCUCGGCAGCGGUGCCUGAGCGGAGGUCCACUCUGGAAGUGGCCCUUCUGGAGGCGCUUCUCGACCUGAUAGACAGGUGCUCAAGUGGCAGUGGAUCCCUGCAUGGCAAUGAGGCCUUCCUUGCUCAGGCCAAGCAUGUUUUGUCAUCUCUUCAAGAGUUCACAGCAACUCGGGACAGUUCAGCACUUGAAAAGGAAGGAAUUGGUUACCUAUCUCUUGAAAAUAAGACUCUGCAAAGCCGCCUUGCUGAGCAACAGCAACAGUAUACUGCUACAGUGACCAAGAUGACAGCAGAGCUCAAUAAUACAAAGAGGGAGCUGGACACAUUGAGACAACAUUUGGACAAAUCAUUGGAAGAGAAUAGCCACUUAAAGUCUCUUCUGUACAAUGUGAAAAAAGAAGUAAAGACUGCAGACACUUCAACUGCACUCACUUUGCAGAUCACUGGACUUCAGGCAAGUAUGAAGCAGCUCUCUGGGGAAGUUGUGGAGCUGAAGCAACACGUGGAGCACUAUGACAAGAUCCAGGAGCUCACACAGAUGCUUCAAGAGAGCCACAGCUCCCUGGUAAGCACCAAUGAGCAUCUCCUGCAGGAGCUGAGCCGCACACGGGCACAGCAUAGAGCUGAGGUAGAGCAGAUGCGCUGGAGCUUCCAGGAAUUUAAGAAGACUACGGCCCUGAUCCCUCACCGUAGCUCCCGACGUGGGGGCCGGCAGUCCUGCUAGCUGCUAGUGAGCUGUACUCUCCUCCAUCAGGGAAAGCCCCAGGGUUGUACCUGGGCAUGCAUCUAUCUAAGUACCCCAGUGAGACUGUAAUUACCUUAGGAUCCUCAAAAUGUGUUCAUAAACUCAGCUUGCUUAUGUGUUCUGAAUUGAUGCAGUCGACCCUGGGGCUUCGCAUGUUUGAGAAGCUUGGUUAAUUACACAUGCUGUUGUACAGUACCUGCAGGAGUUUUUUCUUCCCAAUGUGGGAAAGUUUUGUAUAGUUAAAAUGUUCUCAUGUGACAAGCAUUCCUUAUUGAAAGAAAUAAUAUAUUGCUAUGUUUAAAAAGUUAACUUUUUAAGUGGCUCUUCAUAAAUUAUAACUGACUUCCUUAUUGAAUUCUUGUAUAAAACAAGUUAUACAAAGUGAGCAGGAAAAAAUAAGUUCCAAGUUCUAAUAAAAAGUAAUACUUAUAGCUGUGACAAAUGUUUUAAGAAUUUGUGUGAUAUUAACAUGUCACAGCAAAACAAAUAAACAAACAAAAAACCUCCCCACUUCUGGUUCACUCUUUUUGCUUUCAAUAGCUCCUGAAAACCAGGGGAAGAUUUAAAUACACACUGUACAGAGCGAGACCCAGAUGACUGUGUGAAAGGUGCUCAUUAGAAGAGGCAGAUGUAAUCCACUGGACAGUACUAUCUAGAGUGAAGCCUGUGCAGAGAGAUAGCUCUUACACACUAAUGCUGCUGAGUACAGACAUUCGGAGACAGCUUGGAAUUGCCUAACGGACCUUUUUCUCUGCCUCAUAAAAUCAGAAAGAUUCUCCUGCCCUCCACUUCUGCACUUGCCCAGGUGGGUUUUGUGUUCAAGGCAGGAAGUGAGUUUCAAGCCUCAACUUUGAGGCUUUGAGGGCUCUCAGCUGUGUUCUGCAGCCCCUUAUUACCCCAAGUCAGGAGUUGUACAGCUAGCUGUCUAUUUCUGUUUGAGUUCUUGUACAUCAUGUAUAUCUAUGAAUUAAUUUAUAUUGCCUUAAUUUUCGGAUUAUUUUUGGUACUGAUAAUCUUUUGUUAGUGUUUUAAUAGCUUCGGGGUUUGAAGUUGUAUCACUGUGUAGACUUGUUGUGACACUUGACUUUUAAAUAAGAGUUCAUUAUCUGGGUAAGAAGAUAGCUUCUGGACAUCAGCUUUCAUACUGCAGACAUGCUCAUCAAGCCAGUGAACAAGCAGGCCUGACCUUCCCAUCGCCAGUGACGGGUGAACUUGAGAGCAUGCUGGUGGCUGUCCUGAACUUUGUCAGCUGUGUAUCUGCAGAACCAGCUUCCUGUCUUCCCUUCCUGGUGGUGCUGCCCAUGACAUUAUACAUUUUCCAAAACCACUGACGUAGUUGAGUUUGUUUCAUCAGUUUUCCUGUUUUGUAUUUGACUUUGUUCUAUCUGCCUUCCCAUUUUGUAUACUUUCUCUAGUCUGUUUUGGUUAUUUUGUUUUUCUGGCUCCAGUAUUGUCAUUUUUGUUUGUUCAGUUAGUGGUUAAUUUUUCUCUUUUCUUUUUCCUUUUCUUUUUCUUUUUCUGUUGAGACAAGGUCCUUACUGGCUAGCCUGGAGCUCACAAUGUAGAUCAGGCUGGCCUCAAACUCCCAGAGAUCCUCUUGCCUCUGCCUCCUGAGUGCUGGGAUUAAAGAUCUGUAUGAUCACUCGUGGCUGUUUUUAGAUUGAAUCUUUUCACCAUCCCUACCCCUGUUAAUCAGGAAACUGGUCUGCUCUUGAUAACUCUAGAAUACGUAAGAGCCUGUGAGCACUAACCUCUCUACUCCCCUUUGGGUUUGGGUUUGACUGUUCCCACGUAUCUUAGUGAAAUACUUUUAGUUUUACAAAAUAUGUGCAUAACUCCUACUCAUCUGAGCCACCUGCCUGCGUAUUCUCUUGUUUUACUUUUUGUUAAAGACAUUUCAUUUGUGAUCA